AUGCCACGACCAGAGUGGUGGCCCGGCGAGGACCACGAGGCCUUCACAGAAUGGGCCAUGGAACGUGGAGUUGAGGCCCUUGGCGUCGCUCCAGCCCGUUUUCCAGGUCGAGGUCUGGGAAUGAUAGCCACUCGAAAAAUCAAGGUAGGAACCCUCAAUCCUCGCCAACCAAGGCACCAUAUGAAGACAAAAGCUGAUAGACAUCACCCCAUGAAGAAAGGAGAAGCUGUUGUCCAAGUUCCAACCAGCGUGAUCCUGACAAUGGACAAAAUCCCCUCAUCCUUCAAGAACCAAUUCCCCGAAGGAACUGCCGUGCAGACUAUCCUGGCAGCAUACUUUACCCACGGGAGUGACGAAGAGUUGGCAGAAUACGACCUAUGGCGCAAGGCCUGGCCUACCCGUCAAGAUUUUGAAGAUAGCCUGCCAAUACUGUGGCCUAAAGUACUGGGUGGCCUUCCCUGGCCUGACAGCGAGGCCAGUGAUCAAGAGAACGGGUCUACGAACCAGCCCAACUUUCUUCCCCCUUGUAUUUCUGGGACUUGGAACUCGAUUGAUAAGGGAAGUCCCUUCAAGAAGUAUGAGAGUGAGCAUCGGAAUCUUCUCCUGGGCCAGGAGCUCCGGCUGCGCAAGGCGUGGGCAGAUGUCACCGCUGCACUGCCUGAUACUGAUUGGCGGUCUUUCUCGUAUCAUUGGCUCAUUCUUAAUACGAGGAGUUUCUACUGGGUUGGCGCGGGCCAGGAACCGCCCGAAGACCGCAAUGAUGCUAUGGCCAUGUUGCCUUUCGCCGAUUACUUCAAUCAUUCGGAUGUUGAGUGUGAUGUCAAAUUCGAUGAAGAUGGGUACACCUUGCGAGCGACCGAAGACUAUAAGAAGGGUGAUGAGGUUUACAUGAGCUAUGGUUCACAUCCGAAUGAUUUCCUUUUGGCAGAAUAUGGGUUCUUCUUGCACAAGAACGACUCUGACUGCAUUUACCUCGACGACAUCAUCUUCCGCGAUCUGAACAGCGCCGAGAAGCAAGAGGAGCUGUGGCUGAACCAAUACUACGGUAACUACCAAUUGAUUUCCCAAGGGGUGUGCUACCGCACCGAAGUUGCGGCGGCUCUAGUGUACAUGAAUGAGGAGGAUUGGAGGACCCAUGUUCUCGAAGGCUCGACUGAGGGAGUAGAUGAGAAGAAGUCGGAAGCCAUCAUCAAGGGAUGGAUUCGGACUUAUGCUGCCGAGGCGGAUGCAACCAUGAACUCCUUGCAGACCGCAGUGCAAUCGAAUGCCAUGGUGCAAGCUGAUCGCCAAAAGGCGGAGAUGCUGUUGCGGCGAUGGGCCCAGAUCAAAGAGAUCUGUGAAAACGCCUUGAAGGCCAUUGACCUGUGA